AGAAUGCAGUCUGGUAAACAGACAUGGAAGCACCAGGUGAAGACCUCCACAGAGGCUGAUCACUGCACUCGCUCUUUCCCACCGUCUUCUGUCUCUUUCGCCCAGUGCAUCCAGUUGAUAUAUAUCUGCGUGGUGUCAAGUUUACACCUACAGUCUCCAGAGGCUUGAUUUCCUCUCCAGUGUGUGUGGCGGCCAACAAUCACCAAAACUGAUGAGGAUCGUCUGAUUGAGUUCAAAAUAACUUCCUUUUUUCUUAUUUUGCCAAGCGGAAAGAAUGUCGGAAAGGGCCGAGGAUGACGUCAGGGGGGAGCAGCGCCGAGCGGCCAGGCAGCAGCUGAAGCAGCAGCAGAUCCAGCGGAGAGAAGGCUCCACAGCAAUGGCGACUGUUGCGGAGCGGAGAUCCUUGCCUAGUCCAGAAAUAAUGCUGGGACAGCCUUGGAGCAACUGGGUCGACGCCGCCAAACUCCACGGCAACGACGGUGCUGAAUCGGAGGAAAGUUUCAAAGACUUCGGGAAAAAUCGAGAAGCCAUGCGUUUGUGCAGAGAAGACAUGCCCAUAUUUGGCCAGUAUCCUGCACAGGACGACUUCUACCUGGUGAUGUGCAGCCAUUGCGGCCAGGUUGUCAAGCCUCAAGCCUUCCAAGCACACUAUGAGAGAAGACAUAGUGCGGCCAACAAGCCAGCUUCCACCUCGCCCUUCACUGUGUCGGGCAGGAACCGGAGCAGCGGAUUUGGGCCUGGGCUGGGCUCGGGCUCUGUAGCUGGAGUGGCGAGUGGAGGCAUUCUUAGCCGACCCUCCAUCGCUGGAUCCAGUUUAUCCUCCUCUUCAGUGUCGUCCUCCUCCAAUCCAAAACUCCUCAAAACAGCCAAAGAGAAGCCAGGCAUUCAGCGAAGAACCCCCUCUGCACCCUUCAGGAUGCCCCAGCUGGAUAAAAUUCUCACCCCGGCUGUCAAGGUGGAGAAGAUGCAUCUCAGGGUGGACUCGUCAGUUAAGCUGGUGCAGGCCCCAUCUGCCCCUGCCACCACCUCAUCCUCCUCUACAUCCUCCUCUAGCAUCACUGUGAGCUCCAACACUACCACCAUCACCACCUCCUCAUCAUCAGUCCUUAAACCAGGCCUUAACUGUCCCUCCAUACCAAAGCCUCCAUUACUGGCCCCGGGUCAGAUUCCCAACGGCAAGGGCCACCUCUCAGUCCUGUCAGACAAGAAGCAGGACAGCAGCAGCAGUGCCAGUAGCAGACGCCACAUUAACAAGAAAGUGACAGAGCGUGAGUUCAAUGCAGAUAUCCACUGUGGCGUUGUGGAUAUAACCGCUCGGAAACCAUGCACAAGAUCCCUAACUUGCAAGACACAUUCCUUAAGCCAGCGGAGGGCGGUGCCAGGGCGGAGGAAGCGCUUUGACACAUUGCUGGCGGAGCACAAGAACAAAGCAAGGGAGCGGGAGAAGGACCGAGAUCUCCACCAACCCCAUUCCCAGCAAAACCCCUCUCUCAGGGACCCACACCCCUCCUCCCACCUUGCCGCUGCCCAUGACACCCACCAGGUUGCUCAUGGCAAUGGCCCCGCCCCAGACGCCACCAAGCCUUUGCCUCUCAGCAAGCCCAAAUUUCAAAGCCCUGGCCUUCCACGACUAAACAGCAGUCACGGAGGUGGUACCCCCGGAGACCCGGCAGUAGUCCACGAGUCACCACACCACGCCCAAACUAUCCCUGAUGGGAUUUCUCGACCCUCCAGUGACGAGGGAGAGAACGAGGAGCGGGAAGACAACGCUGAAAAACUGGACUGUCACUAUUCAGGUUAUCACCCUCGACCGGCAGCUUUCUGUACAUUUGGAAGUCGAUUGUUUGGGAGAGGCUGUUACUCCUUUGAUCGGCGAUGGGACAGAGUGCGAUGUGCCCUCACCACAAUGAUGGACAAGCAUGUCAACUCUCAGAUGUGGAAGAAAAUCCCCUUGGCCUUAGAGAACUCCUCCUCCGUUGCACCUACUCAUAGGACAAGCACAAAUUCUCAUGGUAGCACUCCCUCUUCAGGCUUCCUGGGACCCCCUUCCACCUGGCCCCAGACUCCUUAUAGCCAAUCCUACGAGGGCAAGUCAGUGCUCUCCUAUGGGACCACCUUAAAUGCCCACAGCUACCCACAGGGCGGGGCUGAGCACCCGGCCUACGGCAUUACGCAGGCCCGACAAGUGUCUUCGUCGCCGCAGAUGCCUUCGCUUAAGUCCCGUUCUUCCAGCAGCAACACUACCAAGUCGUCGUCAUCGUCAUCCUUCAGGCCCAAGGAGAUCUCCUCUGGCUCCUCCACACCCAUCGUUCCCAAUUCUAUUGGUGGGGCCAACAGUAACAGUAGCAACACUAGCUUCAGCUCGGGGAAGAAGAGAAAGAACAGCUCAAUUCUAUCUUCGUCCCAUGGUCCCUCUGAAUCCUCCUCUUCUAAUGCCAACUACUCUUCCUCCUCCUCUUUCAAGAAGAACUGUGCAAAUGUCGGCAGCUCAGGGAGCACCUACCACCACGGCUCAUUAGGUCCUUCAUCGUCAUUAUCUUCCUCCCACAGCGGAGUCCACAGUGUGGGCCUUAACUGUGGCCCCACUGUGCGGACCAACUCACUCAGCCUCAAGGCGGAGCCUUCCGGAGGUUCAGCAGGCGGCUCCUCAGGGCCGCCUGGACGAGGUCCUCCCUCGGGCAGCCCUGCAGAAUCCAUCAAGCGCAUGAGUGUGGUGAUGAACAGCAGUGACUCUACCCUCUCCCUGGGACCCUUUGUCCACCACCAGUCCUCUUUCUCAUCUGACCACCAUACAAACUUCAGCCACCACUCCACAGAUGGGCGCCUGGAGGGCAAGAAGCGCAAAAACUCUCCUGCCUCCAGCGGCAUUACUAGUGGAGGAGGAGGUGGAGGUGGACCUGGACCAGGUAGACCCAAAGUGGCCAAGUCACCUGCCAUUAACAACAUCCAUGGGAAGCAUGGGCGGAGCAUUCCGGGGACGCCAGGGCUACCCAAUAACUCCCAUUUACAUCAGCCAAAGGCUCGUCCCUGACAGCGGUGUCCGGCCUCUGUGUAUGGAACCGGCAUGCGGAUGGGGAAGUAGUCUGGAGCAGUCCGCACACUGCUCUGGACUGCACGAGGCCUUCUAAAAUCAAACCCACUUUACUCUUAGCUUCCCACAAUCCUCAGGGUGGAGAUGAUCUGGACUGCCCAGUGAAGUCAAUGUGGUCCUUACUAUUUCUCCCAAAGCCAUGUGUGUGUGUGUCUGUGUGUUGGGGCGAAGGGUGGUGCAAUGGCAUUGUAUGUCUAGCGUGGAGUGCCAGGCAUUUUAGGAGCGAGCCAAGGACCCCCUACACAAGUGUUGUCCCAGUAUUCUGAGAGGUCUUCCUGUCUUGAAGUAGUAGGAACAAUAGCAACAGCCAUGGGUCUCUUGAGCUGUGGUUCAAAGCUCAUUGGGUUCAGGUUAAGGGCUGCCGCAACAAGCCGACAUGGCGCUGAGCAACUAGGAAGACAACAAGCCGAUCUCUCCUGUAUUUGUUAAAGAAUGAGUGUGUGAGAAUGUGAGUGUGUGUGUGUGUACAAGUAUUUUUCUCAUGUCAGAUUCUGCUGGACUACUGGAAUUUCCAACUUAAUUACACCCCCAGCGCCUGAUCUCAGAAGCCUUGGAAGGAGAGCAGGAGAAGCAGCUAACUGUUACUUGCAACACAACUUAAACAACACACAAUCAUCUUGUUGUUUCACUUUUGGUUAGUCUGACUCUGCGACACGUUUGAGUUACCUCUGGUUACCCACAGUAGCCUGAGAGGAGCCCAUAGGGACAAUCUGGUCAAUUCUUUUAUUACCCAGAAUAAUUAUGCAAGUGUUACCUUUUUAUGAUUUCUAAUGAUCUUUUUACAUUGAACUACAAAGAGUCUUUGUAGACGUGGUGAAGACAGUUGUGCUUUCAAAUGUGAAAAGGACGCCUGAUGUGCCCUUUCGAUUGAAUCCUUUGUCAGAGAGAGAACUUGGUCUUGAGGACAUCUGUCAAUUUUCUAAAUCUGUUCAUUGUGCAAAAUGAACGCCACAGUAGACCCCCCCCCCCAACUGUGAACAGCACUAAAUAACUACUUUCUCCACAGGCACCGCUUAGCAGUCAACAAAGCUAGCCAAAAGCUGCUAUCAGCUUUGCCAACUACUUUUUUUUUUUCAAAUUUAGUUUUUCUUUCUAAACUGAAACACCUUUCAGUCAUGAAGCGGUGGCGGUGUAUUUCCUGUGUGGAUUUAAAGAAAAUCUGUGCAAACUGUAUUGUUAUUAUCACACUUUACCUACUUUUUACCCAGCUGUGUGAAAACCACAGCUGUUGUGGGCAGAUGUGAAUUGAAAUGUUUAUUUUUCCUACCUAGGGAAUCAGGUAUGGUACGUCUUAACUGGAGCAAACUUUAUGCACGUCACCUGUCUUCUGUGGGUUUGAUUGUCCCUGCGUGUGUAACCACUACCCAAACUCUGGAUGUUACCGUUUCAAUACCCCACCGCAACACUAUGUUUGGUCUGUGUUGACAAGAGAUUUGUCACAGAAUGGAGAAACAGGCAUUAUACUCUAUUCCUUUUGUCAAAAUGGAGUCUUAAAUCGUCGGGAUGUUUGCCUAUUUUGAGUGGUAUUGAGUGGGUUUUAUGGUGCGAGAUUCAUGGCGAUGGCUUCACAGGACAUAUUUAAACUUUUGGUAACACCUGUUGAUUUAUGGAACCUCCACUGAUGUCAGUGUGGAAAAGUAGAGGAGACCAUUUUUUUUUUUUAAGAAUCUUAAUUCAGCUUUCUUUUCUUGUAGCCUAUGUAUCAAACAAGUAUUGAAGUAUCACUAUUUGAUAAUACAUAUUUUGUUAAAUUGUACAAAGUUAAAUAUGUAUUUUUGCACAGGCUUUUUUUGUACACGCUGAAUUUUUGGUACAAUAAAAAAAAGUCAUUAUUUAUUUAGUAAAGAUGAAGUCAGAGAACUUGAUUAUUUGAAGUGGUUCACUGCCAGGUCUAUAUAAUGCAAUACGCCUCUAUGUAGAAGCCGAAGCAUCUCAUGAAUCGUGUACGGAGAUCCUUUAAGAAACAAAGGUGGAGUGUUGCCACUGUAGCAUGUGUCUGUAUGACAGAGGAUAUCUUUAUUCACUUCAAGGUCUCAAUCACAUGUGCUUUUAUAAGACAUUUUGCGUUGCCUCUGAAUCAACACAACAAAAAAGUUACUAUAUGACCCAAUUAGCCUGUGAUUUUGAAAUGUCUUGCAGGCUUAAAGCUGUGCCCGUUGUCUAUCCAGUUUCCACGGCCUCUUCAGUCAUCCACUUUGUAGACCUUAAACAUUUCAUGAUCGAAACACUUGCGUUCUUUUAUAAAGGCUGAAGGGACUUAAGCAAUCAUUGCAAGGAAGAGGAACACAUCAAACAGUCCAACUGCUUGCAUCAUUGUUGCCAAACAAGUAAUUUAAAUCAGCUUUUAAAAGAAAUAUUAAAUUAAAAGUGCCUGAAUUUGUUUCACCCUGACUGUUUGAGGACAGUAUUCUUUGCGUUGUUUUACCUUACUUGAAUGUUCAAAGUGUUUGAGUCUGCCUAUGAACCCUAAAUAUGGUGAAACCUGAGCUUGUAGGCUGCACAGUAUGUGGGGGGUGUUGUGAAUCCAAGUUUUCCAGACAAGACAUUGAUAUUUUGUUAUCCUCAGUGUGUGGCUUAAACCCCCGUCUGGUUUACUGGGAUUUUACGCAAAAACCUUCAAUCAAGUGUUUUGUUUACCGUCAAACUCGACUGACAUCUUUACAUUGUUUCCAGUAGAUGGAAACAUUGCAAAGAUGUUUUAGUUUUUUUUUAUUUUAUCGCACCAUAGACUCGGAAUGUGAACGUGAGCGAGAAUACAGUUCAUGUUUGGGAGGA